CGUUAACGGAAGAACAACGCCGUGUAGUUCAUUCAGCAUAAUGAUAUAACAGGACGGAACUGAAUUACAGCUCCAGGAUAUGGCGACAGGUAUACCAGUAUGAUAGUUUAUAGAACAUCCUGGUUGGAUUAAAAAUGCUACUUCUUAAAGUCACCCUACAAUGAGACAAUCUAACGCGAUCCGCCGCUGCUAAAUAUAGGCGUCAACAUACACAGGUAGAAGAAAACGUGAAAGGAUACCUGGGCAUACCUGUACCUCCAUUGCUCCAUCGAAGAAACUGCGUACUUCAGUACUUUAAUGUGCAGUUUAGAAACGAUCGUGAAUUAUUUAUAUAAACACGACAUUCCGUGGCGUCACAGACAGUCUAAGGGAUCUACGAAGGCCAGUACCAUCAACACGUUUCAUCUGGAUAUCAUCUGGAUAUCAAAGGAUCUAAUGCGGUGAAAGUCGAAAAAUAAUUCAAAUAAUCAAUAACCAGACGGAUGGCAAUAGAAAAAAUGACAAAACUGGCUUGGUGGUUAUUAUCGCUGCAAUUGCUCAUUGUGUCAGUAUCAGCGGGUUUGGUGAACGUGGCUCUUAAAAAGCCCAUCCGCGUUCUCCCGGAGAGCUCCACUUGCGGAAUGAACUCUACUGGAGAUUUAGCACACGCGUGUCUCGGAAACCAGUGCACACCAUUAAGCUGUCCAUCGCCGUGCACUUCUAGGUCUCAAGCGGAAACAGUUUUGUUGGAUAUCUCCAAGAGUGUGUCUCAAGCAAUACGUGAUGGGCGCUGUUCACAAGCCCCAAAUCAAGGCAGCAUUCAAACGAACAGGCAGCAUUUGAUUUUUGACGGGAAUAACGCCUGUAGAGUUUCCCCUUAACGGCACCUUGCCAUCCUUCGUGAAUGACGAGCUUUCCGUCUCCAUGUGGGUGAAACACGGAUUUACAAUAAACUCACUACAGCGUGAAGUAGUAUUGCUGAACGCGUUUCAAAACAUACCAGGCGAUUCUUCGAAAAUGAUGUUUGCCAUAUCUUUAGUUCACAACGGAAAUGAACAUGUUCUUGCCUUGAAGCUUCGGGACUUAAAUGGUGCAACCACUACUGGUUAUUUUAGACCUGCCAUCCAACCAUUAGAAUGGACUCACGUGGCCUUACAGGGUUAUUCCGGGAUUUACUCCAUUUUCAUGAAUGGUACGGUAGCUUCCCCACGACUUGAACGAGUGACACCGAGAACGUAUGCUGUUUAUAGCUACUUUUUUGAAGUAGGAAAUGUGGCAAAUUCAUCAAUCACGACAACCCCAAACUGGGAGAUGCGCGACGUGCAAGUGUACAACGCUACACUAACAAACAGAGAAAUCUACGCUUUGUACAAAAGCGCACCUGUAAAGGAGGUAGGACUGUACUAUCCAACCUGCCGCUGCCCCCCUGACUUUCCCGAAAUAACUGACGACAACACCAGUUUUUGUAAAGACAAUAGUGGGCAAAAUGAGAGAAUAGUCCCAAGGGUAAACUUCUCUGCACAUCUUCCCGAGUACGCUAAUGACGGUCGUUUGUCAACCUCUUGGGUAUCUGCCGGCAGCAGCGAAGUUACACUGCAGAUAGACCUACUGGAUGAUUUCAUUGUAACAGAGAUGCUGUUUCGAUUUGUCAAUUGUCCCCGUGCUAUGACAGUUAUUGGGACAACAUGGGGGUUAGAUUUUCGGGAAACGUACGAUCCAGUAACGUGCGUCGACGGCACUUUCAGAAUAAGUGUGUACAAUAUGUCAAAGUCCAUACAGGAUUCCUUCACACGAUGGCAAUACAGAAUGAUGAAACACGUUUCUUUUUACUUCACCAAACCAGACAGUUAUCAGGGACGACACACACCCGUUGGAAUAUAUGAAGUUGAUAUUUUGGGAGAAUGUAACUGCUUUGGCCACGCCAGUAGUUGUGAUGCCAGCGUGCUGCCGUACACAUGUCAGUGCCAGGACAACACUGAAGGCUCUGCCCAGCACUGUGACAGCUGUGUUGAUGGGUUCUACAGACAAUCUGGGGGUCGUAUCCCUAAUUAUCUGUUGCCGUGUGUACCAUGUGGGUGCCACCCGGAUGGCACAGAACCUGGGACAACAUGUUCUAAAGUUGGAGGUGCGUGUGCCUGUAAAGCCAAUGUCCAUGGAGACAAGUGUGACACCUGUAGGACAGGGUUCUAUGGCCUCAGUUCAGCACACGCAGAUGGUUGUAUCCCUUGUAACUGUCACCCUGCAGGAACAGUUAGUCAACAAAUAAAUGUAUGCCACAAUGUGACUGGGAAAUGCCAGUGUAAGGAAACAACUNAAUUUAAAGAAAGGAGCAAGUUUUCAGUGUCCUCUGAAACUAAGGGUACAAAUGUUGGAGGUGUAUGUACCUGUAAAGCCAAUGUCCAUGGAGACAAGUGUGACACCUGUAAGGCAGGGUUCUAUGGCCUCAGUACAUCACACGCAGAUGGCUGUAUCCCUUGUAACUGUCACCCUGAAGGAACAGUUAGUCAACAAAUAAAUGCAUGCCACAAUGUGACUGGGAAAUGCCAGUGUAAGGAAACAACUUACAGAGAGUCAGCUGGACGAAACUGUGAGCCUUUCCUCAUUAACUCGCCACUGGAGCCAAGUUAUGGUCCAAAGUCUGGUGGUCCACGCAUAGCAUUGCAAGGGGGAUACCUCCAAAAUGUUACUGUCUUAUUUGGGACAAAAUCUUGCAUUAUUGAGAACCAAACUGAUACCUUCAUUCUUAUGAGGCCACCUUUGAGUAAUGAAAGCAUCAGUGUUUCAGUGAAGAUUUAUUCUAAUCUGACCAAUCCACCAUCAGAAAAACAAAUUGGAGAAUACACAUACAGACCUGAUCCUGUUUUAGAGAGCAUCGAGCCAACAAAAACCAUCUUAAGAGGUGGUAUACCAUUGACCAUGAUAGGAAGGCACAUGGAUUCUUCUGCCCAGACAUUUAUGUUGGUAUACAUUGUCUAUCAAGACAAACUUGACCAGAGCCUCAUAUCCAUUUUGUGCAAAUUGGAGGAAAACAGCAAGACCAGGUUGAUAUGUCCUACUCCACACAUCACCCUGCCACCAGAGUAUACCAGCAGACAAGUGGACAACCCAGACGGACUCCUCAAUGAGCAAGGAGUUCUCCAGUUUUACCUUGGAUUACAGUUUGAGACAUAUUAUAAAUAUGCCAAUAUCAGUGCUGAACUUGUGAGCUAUGGCAUGUUGCAAGUGUAUCAAGAUCCCGUGAUCCAUACAUUUUCAGAGCCUAACCAGUUGAAACCUUUUGACUAUAAAACUCGUCCACAGAUUGAUAUAAAGGGAGAGAGGCUAACAUCAGGAGCAAAUACCAAUCACUACAUGGUUCAAGUAGGCCAGAGUGGCAGAUGUACCAUAGCUGAUGUCACCUCAAACCAGCUAACCUGCUCACCUCCUACAUCAAAACCUGUAUUGGGAAAUGUCAUUGGACAUAACAACUCACCACGUGUGUUGGUGACAGUUGGAUAUCUAAAUUUCACAGCAGGCUACUUAGACUACCCUGCAGAAGACAGUUUACUAUGGCCUAUUGUAGGUGCGGCUGUAGGAGCAUUUGUGCUCAUUGUUGUUAUUAUUGUGGUGCUGGUGUUAGUGAGGCGCAAACAAAGACAGAGGCGUCGUGCAAAAAAACAAAUGGUGCACUUCAAUACUUAUGACAGAAGAGUAAAUAUGUCACCCCCUGAAGUUCCAACAGCUGACAGAAGUGAACCCUUGCUGUCCAAGUCUACUCAAGAACAGUUGAGUGCCCAUAGGAUUAAUAUUGCCAGAAUACAGCUUUCAAUUGUUAUAGGACAAGGUCAGUUUGGCAGAGUUUAUGAGGGGCAACUCUUGGAUGAGAACUUGAAAAACCCUACAAAAGUUGCAAUUAAAACAUUGAAAGGACACAGCCACACAUUAGAGCAACUGGAGGAGUUUUUGCAAGAAGCUAUAAUUAUGAAAGAUUUCCACCAUAUCAACGUGCUGUCAUUGCAUGGAGUGGCAUUUGAUGAAGAGAAUGCCCUGGUUGUUCUACCUUACAUGCACUUUGGUGACCUGAAGUCAUACAUUGCUAAACCAGAGCAUGUUCUUAAUGUUGGGGACCUACUGCAUUUUGGGAUGCAAAUUGCAAAUGGAAUGGCAUAUCUUGCUGCACAUAAAUUUGUACAUAGAGAUUUAGCUGCAAGAAAUUGCAUGAUAAAUGCUUAUUACAUCACAAAGAUUGCAGACUUUGGCCUGUCUCGUGACAUUUUUGUGAAAGACUAUUAUAGGAUGGAUGACCAGGGCAAGCACCCUCUCCCUGUGAAGUGGAUGGCACUGGAGAGUCUGACAGAGGGAAAAUACUCUACACAGUCAGAUGUGUGGUCAUUUGGCAUAGUGCUUAAUGAAUUGUUAACAAGAGGGAAAACACCUUACCCACAUGUGGACAAUUAUGAGAUAAAGAAUUACAUUGCAUCAGGGAGAAGGCUUGAUCCACCAGAUUAUUGCCCAGAUGAAGUGCGUGAAUUGAUGCUGAAGUGUUGGGCAGCAGACCCAGAUGACAGGCCAACAUUUACCCUGUUAUCAAACAGACUACAGGAGAUACUGGUGGACCAGGAGACUUGCAAUGAUUACAGUGGUUAUCUUGCCAUGGCGUCUGCUGUUCAAGAGGAAGCUUACGUGAACUCUGGUUCAAGCUCCUCUGGUUAUCUUAGUGUGGAUGUUACACAGACCCUGCCAGAACCACAUGAAAAUCACUACUAUAAUGCAAAGAUGACAAGCUUUGGCAAGAUUCCUCACUGAACUUAUACCCCUUUAGAGCACAUGCAUUAUGAAACACAUUCUCAGAUAGCUAUCAAAAGAGAAAAGAGAAUCAUUUUAAUGGAAGAACAUUUUAUCCAGUCCAUCACCCCCAUUUAAACAUCCCAGAUUUGGGGCAAU